CUGCACGGACAGAACGGAAUAAUCUCAUCUAAUCCCAAUGAAGAAUGGAGGAAUAGAAGUCGAGAAGUGAGGUUCCUGCGAAAAAUCUUUAGAAUUGUGGGAGGGCGCGGCGAGGCGCCCCAGGAGGCGUGGGACGAGGCGCUGCUGUGGGGCGGGCGCGGCGAGGCGCUGCGCGUGCGCGCGCACCAGUCGGGCUGGUCGCGCCGCGCGCCCGCGCGCCCGCACGCGCCCGGCCUGCUCGUGUGCGCGCACAGCGAGCGCCGCACCAACUACCGCAUGCUGCUACACGUCACACUAUCGGAAUUAUGCCCUCAACUAACGAAGAUCGUGACCCUCCUACCAUAUUUCCUUGUUUAUAACGACACGAAGAAACAUUUGCGUUUCAUGGAAGAGAACGAAGCAGCAGACCUAUGGAUCGACCUAGCGCCGCAACAAUGUACGCCGUUUUGGCCGCAGACCGAUUCGAUGUUGAUGCAUUGCAAGUACAGAGAUUCUAACGUCGUGUCCCAGCACUUCCCGAUAACUAAAAAUCACUUCACCGUGCUUAGAAUGGAUAAAGGUUCAGCAGUCUGCGUGGACGUGGCCGGCGGUACCGACCGUCCGUUCAUCAUCACAUUCAAGCCUUACUCCAGCGGUGACGCACCGGUCCGCAUAGAGAACCUCUGCGACGACUUGUUCCUCAAGCUGCACCAGGUGGACUCUGGACAGGUGGCUCUCCUCAGCCCAUACCAGUCCAUGCUGUACACGUGGGACGAUCCGGCUAAAGACAGGAAGUUGCUAUGGAAUAUAUACAACAACAAAGGGAAGGGAUUUGUUGCCGAUUUUUCGCAAGACGGUUACGGAGAAGAAAAAGUGAGUUUUCAUUCGGUGAAGCAUUCAACCUUGGUUGCAACCAGUAGCGUGACUUCAAAAUUGUCUUCUACCCUCAAACGUCUAACACCAAAGUCUCCAGAACCAUGUACUUCUAGCAGCGACGAUUCUGACAGCUUCGAGCUGCCUGAAAACCUCGCCAAAUCGAAAAAGAUGAGAAAAGAUAAGGUGAUCGUCUACUGGAUAUCUUACAUGAACGGGUACCAAAGAUGCUUCGCUCUCGCUCAAGACGAGAGAAUUGCACAACAAUAUAGAAUGAUAAUUGAUUCAGAACGUAGUAAUUAUGAGGUUUAUUUGUCCCUCGCUAGUGUCAGUUUAUCGGUUUGUGUGCAAACAGGAAUUGGUGUAAAGGAAUUGGCUUAUGUAAGUGUAACGGAUUCACUACCACGCUGGGAAGUCAACGUUAGUAACAAAUGGAAGCAACUUGCUCCAGAUUUGUCUGCUUGGAUAGAGGACAAGUAUCAAACGGAGCAGAAGAAGUGCAAUCUGAAAGAUUAUAUUCACAUAGAUUUGGAGAAAAUGCAGAUGACGAAGCCGUUCUUUUCGGAAUUGAGACGCACGUACAACCCUGGCGUUUGGAUGCAACUACGCAAAUCCGACACUCAUUCGUACUGUCAUCUUAAACUGCAUCGGCUGCAAAUAGACAACCAACUGCACGAAGCCGUGUUCCCCAGCGUAUUGUACCCAGCCCCGUUGCCAGCUCAUUUGAAACCAAAAGAUGUGAAACCCUGUAUAGAAUUAGUGGCUUUGAAGCAAUAUGUGCCGACUAUGAACCAAGAUAUUUACAAAUACGUAAAGGUACUAGUUCAGGAGUUUAGCCUGAACUUAGAUAGAGGCUUUGUCAACUACGUAUUCGAUAUACUGAACCACUGGAAGGUGGAAGAGAAGCCAGCUGUGAGAUUGCGCGCUGACUUGGCUUUAGUGCAUAUGCCGUUAACAAUAAUGGCCAUUAAAAGUCAGACAAAUGCGCAGAGAAAUGUGAUAUUUGAAUUUGUUCACAUCUCACCAUUAAAAUUGGUUCUUAGUCUCUCCUCUCGAGGGUACGCAGACAGUGCUAGUAGUCCAAGUAGAUCACAUCAUGGAAAUCAGAAGGAGAACCGACCUAAGCUCUUUAAUAGCGAUUUAUUAGAGUACUUAUUUAACUCUUGGGGCUCAUCACUUUGUGAUAUGAAGGAUGUUGUGAUAAGAAUGUCUUAUUUGGAGUUAAGGAAUGCUCCCAUCACUAUCUCAGCACUUCUGGACGCAGCGUCUCGUCACUACUGGAUGCAGCUGGUGCAGCAGUUCUAUGUCCUCGUGUUGGGUUUGGAUAUCCUCGGCAAUCCAUACAGCUACAUCGGCGACUUCUCUAAAAGUCUAAAGCAGUAUUAUGAACCCUAUUUGGGAAGUGCGUGCGGGCGGCGAGUGUCGUGCGGACGGCGGGUGCUCGGGGCGCUCGCCGCCUGCCUUGGGGACGCUAGCGCAGCGCUAGUGGACAAAGCACCGCGAACACGUCCUGUACGGAAGAGACCUGGUGAAGAAGGCCUCAUCGUUGACAACUUGCCCGAGUCUGUACUGGAAGCUAACCGACGGAACCCGAGCAGCGUUGCUCUUGCCGUUACCGGUCUUAUGGCCAGGCCCACUAUCGAUGAGGACUGUGCUAUUGUGAAACAUAUAUGUCGCGAAGCGGCACGUGCAGCUCUUUCGCCACAACUUGGCGUGGACAGUGCAGAAGCGGCUUUACGGGCGUUUGUAGAACGCACUGGUGGUCGAUUAGUUGCACGUCGCCGUUUGCCACGCCAUUGUCCUGUCACAGAGGGUCUUCGACCAUAUAACGCGUCAGCUGCACGAGGAGCGGCCUUAUUAACCCAGUUGUCACGUGGCCACUACGCUGACACGGAUGGAUAUGUAGCCCACGUGCAUCUGGCUCGUACCUCACUCACUACACUGCUUGUUACUACACAACAUAUAUUCCUGGUGCGAGCCGGUGGGAGCACUAACUCUUGGCACAUUGAGUGGGUGGUGAAACUUGACGAUCUCAUUGGAGUACCUACAGUGGAAGCGGAUAAGCUAAUCCUGAAUAUUAAACAGGAUGAAAUGGUCAAUUACUUCUCAAAUGACGAAAAAGUGAUCGAGAUUGCUGAUCCUGAAGUAUUAUUGUGGCUUCAAUCCAAGAUCGAAUGUGCGCUCAUACAUGCAUUGGAAGAUAAACGUUGCCCUUCGGAGUAA